UCUUUCUUUGUGUUCGCAUUUUAUUCUCUCUUCUCUCUUCUCUCUUCUCACCCCCUAUAAUAAUAAUUCACCUCCCCCUCCAUCCUUUACUCGCCGGCCACCACAUUCCGCCCAUCAUUCCUCACCGGAGUAAUUUCAAUUCUCCCGUACACUUCACCUUUCUUCCCUCUAAUUCUAAUACAUUUUUCUCCUCAAUAAUAAAACAUUAUCAUUUUAUUUUUUUGUUGCGGUUUCACUUCAGAAAAUCGUCGUGUUAAGAAGAGGGAAGAAGAUAUACAUACCUCAUUGUUGGUUUCGUUUACGCUUCUUGAACUCAAUUUUAUACUGUAUUCUGUGUCUGCAUUGGUGGAGGAUAGUGUGUAAGUAGGUGUUAGGUUUGAUUCGGUGAAAUUUGGAUCUUGGAAUUUUCCGUUGGAGAAAAAGGAUUUCUUGAAUUGAAUCUGAAAUUAGGGUUUAUGGUUUGGUAUGAAGAAAUUGUGGUAAGAAUUAAAGAUGUGUAGACCAGAGAGUAAGAACAACAAUAACAAGUGGCGAGAUUUGGGUUGGAUGGGUUUGAAAGUACAAAAGGAGAGAGUGGGUUCGGGUUUAGGUUCGGGUAUAGGUUCGGGAAGGUGUAGAAUGAAAAUAUGGAUGAUACGUGCAACGACAUCGGUGUUAUUGUGGACUUGCAUCGUUCAAUUAACGGCUUUAGGUGAUAUGUGGGGCCCUAGAGUUCUUAAAGGUUGGCCUUCUUGUUUCACACAUGACUCUGUUUCAAGGGCCAUGGAUAUUGAGUUCCCUUCUUCACGUUCAGCACUUCUCCCUCCAAAGAGAGUUUAUAAAAACAAUGGAUACUUGAUGGUGUCGUGCAAUGGAGGACUCAACCAAAUGAGAGCAGCGAUAUGUGACAUGGUCGCCAUUGCUAGAUAUCUAAAUGUGACGCUUAUAGUCCCUGAACUCGACAAAGCAUCCUUUUGGGCUGAUCCCAGUGACUUCCAAGAUAUAUUUGAUGUAGAUCAUUUUAUCACGUCCUUGAGAGAUGAGGUGCGGAUAUUGAAAGAAUUGCCUCCUAGGCUCAAACUGAAAGUGGAACAUGGUUUACUUUACAGUAUGCCACCCAUUAGUUGGUCUGACGUAUCUUACUAUAAGAACCAGAUUCUACCCUUGUUACAAAAGUACAAAGUUGUCCAUUUAAAUAGAACUGAUGCUCGACUGGCCAAUAACGGUUUACCGCCGGAGAUUCAGAAGCUGCGUUGCAGAGUUAAUUUUAGUGCGCUGAGAUUUACUUCUCAGAUAGAGGAGUUGGGCAGAAAGGUGAUCAGCCUUCUAAGGAAAAAUGGUCCAUUUCUGGUCCUUCAUCUGAGGUAUGAGAUGGACAUGUUAGCAUUUUCUGGCUGUACUCAAGGUUGUAACAGUGAUGAGGUGGAAGAGUUGACAAGAAUGAGAUAUGCCUAUCCUUGGUGGAAAGAGAAAAUAAUUAAUUCUGACUUGAAAAGAAGAGACGGUUUAUGUCCUCUCACACCUGAGGAGACUGCCCUUACACUAAGGGCUCUUGACAUUGAUCGAAACAUUCAAAUCUACAUUGCAGCCGGGGAAAUAUAUGGCGGAGAAAGGAGAACGACAAGUCUUUCAAAGGAGUACCCAAAAUUGGUCAGGAAAGAAACACUGUUGGAGCCAUCUGACCUUCGUUUCUUCCAAAAUCAUUCGUCUCAGAUGGCAGCAUUGGAUUAUCUUGUCUCAUUAGAGAGUGAUAUUUUUGUUCCCACGUAUGAUGGAAAUAUGGCCAAAGUAGUCGAGGGACAUCGCAGAUAUCUUGGGUUCAAGAAGACAAUUUUAUUGAACCGAAAGCUCUUAGUUGAUUUGAUAGAUCAGUACAACAAUGGAGUACUGAACUGGGACCAAUUUUCUUCAGCUGUGAAGAAAGCUCAUGCUCGUCGCAUGGGUAGCUCUAGUAAAAGGUUGGUAAUCCUUGACAAACCCAAAGAAGAGGAUUAUUUCUAUUCCAACCCAGAGGAAUGUUUAGAACCAUCAAAUGAUCUGUUGAGUAGUACAUAACAAAUGUGUUUGGAAAAAUAAUGAAAUUUACUCGUGCCAUCUCCUGGUACACUUGGUUUUCUACCACAGAUAUUGAGAUAGUUCUGUAUCCAGUUUAGUAAACACGACAGCUUUUUUGUAUCAAAAAAAGAGGCACACAUAAAGAGAAGAAGGUGGGGUUGGAUAGCCUUCAGAGAAGUUCUAGUCAAGCAAAGCAGCCAAGGGGAUACUUUAUAUUUUAUAUAUAAUAUAUAUGCAAUAAUUCAUCACAUUCAUGUAUAGUAACCACCCUGACAUUGCAGGGUGAGUGCAGUUUAAACAGCAUUGUACACGGAGGAAUUCAUAUACAAAUUUGGAUUACUGGAACAAAGUUUGUGGAAGUUUAAUUCAUUGGUAUUUUUUUUUCAUUAAGAUAUAUAAUAAUGUUUUUCCUCCC